AUGGCCGAUUUCCACUUCUUGAAUAAGAUCCAACCUCCUCAAGUAACCUCAUUGAAUUUACCUGAAAACCACUCAUGUAACUUAGUUGCUAAACGAAAAAUCAUAGUCAGACCUAAUGACAUGCCAAUCUUACAACCUGAUGGAGUAUUGGUCAGAGUAAUUUCAACAGAUGAGUUUCAUUUCUUCUCCCUCAUUUGGCUACCUUCAAACUGA